AUGAACAAGGGGGAAAUGAAGGAUAAGAGCAAGAAACCAAGGAUACUACUCGCAAGGUUGCUGAAAACUCUUCGACAGCCCACGACCGAUUUUGCCCUUCUUGGGGCUCAUCAGCCAUCCUCGAUACAAGUUGCAUCUGUUGACAGUGUGAUAUAUCAAACAUCAACCUUGAAUGAGGAACAUACUAGCUCUGACUCUUGGAAUCUGCACGUCAGUUUUGUAAUGCAUGCACUGGGCACUGGAGCGGGUCAGCAACAGAUACUACAGGUUGGCGAAUCAGCAGAUGGAACAGAUACUGACCAGCAUGGGGCUCAACAACGGGUCCAAGGUCAUAAACAAGACGAUUUUGUGACGUGA